CUGCAAUUAUUCCAUUACACAUUUCGUACUCUUUCUUUCCUCUGGUGAUCAUGGCUACGUUCCUCCGAAGGCUUGUAAACGCUGCUCCAGCUCUACGCUCCAAUGCAUUUGGAGGCCAAUCAAAGAUCCAUUCUUCUAAGUAUAGAUUCCCUAUCGGAGCUAUUGCUGCAGUUUCUGGCGGAAUCUCGUAUAUGUAUUAUGUUUCAUCAUCGGAUUUGGUUCAUCUAGAUCAAAAGAGUGAAGCGGGAGGCCCAAAAGUUGCACUCAAGUCCGAUAAAUGGAUUGAAUUCAAGCUGCAAGACACUGCACGGGUUACUCAUGAUACUCAGUUAUUCAGGUUUUCAUUUGAUCCUACUGAAAAAUUGGGGUUGCAUGUUGCUUCAUGCCUCCUGACGAGAGCACCAAGUGGAGUAGAUGCUGAAGGGAAAGUAAAAUACGUUGUACGCCCGUAUACACCUAUAUCAGAUCCUGAUUCAAAGGGAUACUUUGAUCUACUGAUUAAGGUAUAUCCUCAAGGAAAAAUGAGUCAGCAUUUUGCUAGCUUGAAACCUGGGGAUGUGGUUGAAGUGAAAGGCCCCAUUGAAAAGAUCAGAUACUCACCAAAUAUGAAGAAACACAUUGGCAUGAUUGCUGGUGGCACUGGAAUUACUCCCAUGCUUCAAGUCAUUGAUGCUAUAGUAAAAAACCCAGAUGACAAUACCCAGGUCUCGCUGAUUUAUGGGAAUGUGUCGCCUGAUGAUAUAUUGCUUAAACAGAAACUUGAUCUACUUGCAUCUAGCCACCCAAAUUUAAAGGUCUUCUACACUGUUGACAAUCCACCAAAGAGUUGGAAGGGAGGAAAAGGAUACGUAACAAAGGAUAUGGCCAUUAAAGGCUUACCUGCCCCUGGGGACGACACACUAAUCCUCGUAUGCGGUCCACCAGGAAUGAUGAAACACAUAUCUGGGGAGAAGGCUAAAGAUUACUCACAGGGAGAGAUUGCUGGCAUCCUUCAGGAACUUGGAUAUACUAAGGAAAUGGUCUACAAAUUCUAACAAGAUUGACGUAUAAACUUUAUGUGAGGAAGUAUUUUCUGAAGCAUAGGUAGAUUUGAGUCUUUUGACCAAAAAAAUUAAAUCAAAAUAAUUUCCAAGGUGAUGUUCAUUAGAAAAGUUAAUCUUAUGAAGGCCAGUUUAUGUUGGCUUUUUCGAUUUUUUCUUGAAGUGUAUAACACUUGGCUGUUUGUUUCA